ACUACAUAUAAAUACAUUUUUAAUCAUUUAAUAAUUGAGAGAAUCUUCAUCAAAAAGAACUCACAGUCACAGAUGCAGCCAAAGGACCAUUGAGUUACUUACAAGGCCAAAACGUUGACAAAAAACACACACACACAUAUAUAGGGAUACACAUACAAAUAUUUGUGUCUCAAAUUUAGAGAGAGAGAAAAAAAAGAGAGAGAGAAAGAUGGGAGAUAUUGGGUUUACAGAGAAGCAAGAAACUCUGGUGAAGGAGUCCUGGGAGAUACUGAAGCAAGACAUCCCCAAAUACAGCCUUCACUUCUUCUCACAGAUACUGGAGAUAGCACCAGCAGCAAAGGACAUGUUCUCUUUCCUGAGAGACUCAGAUGAAGUCCCUCGCAACAAUCCUAAACUCAAAGCUCAUGCUGUUAAAGUCUUCAAGAUGACAUGUGAAACAGCAAUACAGCUGAGGGAGAAAGGAAAGGUGGUUGUGGCUGACACAACCCUCCAAUACUUGGGCUCUGUUCAUCUCAAAAGCGGCGUUCUUGAUCCUCACUUCGAGGUGGUGAAAGAGGCUUUGGUAAGGACACUGAAAGAAGGGUUGGGAGAGAAAUACAAUGAAGAAGUGGAAGGAGCUUGGUCUCAAGCUUAUGAUCACUUGGCUUUAGCCAUUAAGACCGAGAUGAAACAUGAAGAAUCAUAAAACCCCUAGAGAUCAUCGGAAUAUAAUUAUAUAUUCAUGAAUGAUGAAUCUGUGUGUGUAUGUACUAAAUGUUUGCUACUACUCAUUGGUUUUGAAGAAGGAUUUUGAGCUCUCUAACGGGAGAUAUAUGAUACGGUUGUUUUUCUUGCAAA